GUCACGAAAUUACUCCCCCACUUCUCGAUUGCUUGCAUCACAGACCUGCGCAGCAGCCAACAUCAUCGCGCUUUGAUGGAACUCGAAGAAGAUGGAGAAGAAGAAUUUUCGACGGGGUGAAAAUUCCCAGUGUCGGUGCCGCGACGAUGCAAACGUGUGCAAUCGGCCUUUGCCCCACCAGUCGCAAAGACGCGUGUGAUGAAGACGGUGUACUCGCUGAGGAGUGCAGCCCCUGGAGGUUCAUCUUUAUCACACCCCGUAUUCAAUCGUGUUGUGACUGAGAUGCUUACGAGUUUCCCAGCAAUAGCAUGGUAUGGUGUGACGCUGUUUUAACCUCUGCUUUGUAGCUCCGCUUGCUUUUGUGCGGACUCCGUCGCUGGGUGUUGCAUAUAAGUUUGCAGUAGCUUGUUACUACCGUUUCUCCAUUCUGGGUACCUCGAAUAUUUUCCAGCCGGAUUAUUGAUUUUACGCACAAGCAGUACGAGUAUCCCCAGAGAAUUUCAGCGCUAAGGAUUUUGGGUGGAGAGAGAUAGAGAGAGAAGCUGAGGGCGGUUGAUCGACGAUGGUAUUGAUCAAGGACUCGAGGGUCCUGUUCAAUGAAGCGGAGAAUGAUUGUGUCACAAAUCGGCGGCGAGUCAACAGAGAAUGGAGUCAUAGAACCGUUUUGAUAAAUCCUUCGCUAUGGAACUACUUCUACGUGCUCGCGAUGUUAGUGUUAAUGGUUGCAUCACCGGCACUCUGCAAUUAUGCUACUGAGGAGAACACAAUGGGAAUAAAUUAUGGACGAGUCGGGGACAACCUGCCAACUUCUUCGGGAGCGGUAAAGAUCAUUUCUAGUUUAGGAAUAACAAGAGUAAGACUCUUCGACCCGGAUGCAGCAACCUUGUUGGCCCUCGGAGGCUCAGGACUUGAAGUCGUAAUAGGGAUGGGGAAUGAUGCAAUCCCCCCUCUUAUAGACCCUGCAGUGGCAGAUCAGUGGAUAGUCCAGCACAUAGUUCCCUACGUCCCAAGUACAAACAUCACGACGAUUCUCGUCGGCAAUGAGCUUUUUACGGACACAACCCGGGCAUCAAUUUGGCUUCAAUUAGUUCCGGCGAUGAAAAAUUUGCAUAGUAGCUUGCUAAGCAGGGGGCUAUCCAUCAAGCUCUCGACAGCAGCAGAGCUCAACACUUUGUCAUGGUCAUACCCACCUUCCAAGGGCGUCUUCCGAACGGACGUUGCAGUUCCUGUGCUGACACCCCUGUUUCAGUUCCUCAAUGACACGAAUUCCUAUUUUUACAUAAAUGUCUAUCCCUACUUCGGCUGGAGGGAUGACUCCGCGUUUAUUCCUCUGGAUUAUGCUCUAUUCACCCGGAAGACGCCCUUCAUUGUAGACGGCAGUCAUAGUUAUUACAACCUGAUGGAUGCACAGUUGGACGCCAUAGCCGCUGCCAUGGAGCGCUUGGGAUUCGGCAACGUGAGACUUGCAAUCAGUGAGACUGGGUGGCCGACUGUAGGAGCUGCAGGAAACGUUGGUGCAGAUACAACUACAAAUGCUAAAACAUACAACACAAACCUGAUUCGGCACAUCCUUGGGAGAAAGGGUACUCCCAGAAGACCUGGUAUUUUCAUUCCUACAUUUAUUUUUGCUCUUUUCAACGAGAAUUUGAAGCCUGGGGGAGUGUCGGAGCAGAACUGGGGUGUCCUAUAUCCAAAUGGCACCGAGGUCUAUUCACUUCAAUGGAAAGGUCUGGACAACAAUGCGACAUCUGCGAGUCCGAUGGUUGCUCCAGCAAUAGCUCCAAGUCUCCCGGUUGUUGCAACACCUCCAUCUCCAUCUCCUCCUUCUGCAUCUGCUUUAAGCCCUAGCCCAAGUUCAAGUUCAAGUGUGGAUUCCUCAUCUGUGGUGCCUGGUGUUGGACCAUCAGCUGGCCCCUUGAGCAAUUCUGCCACAAACCGAGCAGUCCUGGGCUGGUUUUCGGUCACUCUGGCAAUUUUUGCAGCAUUCCUCAUCCCCUGUGUUUGAGGUUAGUGUACUUAGUUGUCAAAUUUGCACUAGUUGAUUCUUUGUAAAUUUAUUUAGUGGUCAAUUCUUUUUUCAGCGAACUAAUUGCUGAUUCCUUCAUUGAAAAGAAUUCAUGGAUUGAUAUUUUUGUACACAUACUUAUUGCACGUUCUUACUUAAAUGAUUUCUGCGUGAUCAA